AUUAGUUAGUUGCCUGUUUAGUGUUUGUACGAAGAUCAACGGACACAACGGUAGAUCUACGGGUCGAUUUACCAUGCUCACGGCUGUGUCGAUGUCAUCGAUCGAUCGGCGACGAUCAAAACGCGGUGCACCUUUUGCCUCGGACACGGCCCGUAGCAGCCGCCGACCGUUGUUGUGCUCUUUUCUUUCUUUCUUUCUGUCGAUCGUUCUGUCAGCCGAAGCUGAAUGCGGUUUUCACGUGUAGUGACGACGGUAGUAUAGUAGCCACUCACUCGUACCGUUACGUUAGGAACUGAGCUGACUGACCUGAGGCUGUGUAGUACCCAACACGGCCCGAGGAGAUUUCCACGUAAUUGCACUCAAGCAGCACAAGCGGGAAGACGCCGAACCGUCGGCUCAGCCAUGAGCGGGAGCGGGAACACAGCGCACGACAGACCGGCUAGUAGUCCCGGUGAACUCAGUACUGAAGCCCGCACCGACAGUCAUGCCGGGCAAAUAGAGAGUGCCGAGUCUGCAGCGGCAGCCGCGUCCACGACAUCUGCAGUGGCCGCCGCAACGCGUCCAGAGAACACGAUGUCGGUGGCUGCUGUCGUGACCAGUCCAGCCACGGAAACCACCAAGAUAAAGAUCCCCGUCAAGAUUUCCUCGGCAACCUCCAGCAGUCCAGUGCAGUCAGUGGUGGGACUGGAUGGAGGGACAAUCGAUGCUGUCAGUCCAGCCAAGACUCUACGUCACGCUGCCAAUACUCCGCCGACUACAAGUACAAGUCCAGUAACAGGUACUCCGUCGAAAAAGUCGAAAACAAGGGCCAGCGCUCUUGGCUGUGGUGGCAGUGCAGUAAACAGAAGGCAAAGCACUGAUCGUGUUCGCCCCGAGCUCAUCGCACACUCCCUAGAGUUAGACGGUGCGAGUGUAGAUGAGAACUGGGAGCAUCGGGUUUUGGACCAACUGGAAGGGCUUACUGUAAAUGGUACGAAACCUUCACCACCGGAACUACUGUCAAUACAAGCGGAGCUCAAGCUGAGGAUGUACAAGGAUGUCAAGAAAGCCUGGAGUAAAGCUAAAGCCGAAGAGGCAGCGAGCCUAGAGCGUGUGUCGGAACCGCCCGUGCCGGCAUUGCCGAAAGCGGCCAGUGCACAUGGUAACCAUAGUAACCAUUACUAUGCUGGUGACGAGGAACUAAGGAGACAACGGGCUGCACAAAGUGCACGCGAGUGUUUUGCAUGUGGUUGGAAACAAGGGCACACUGCCGACACUGAAGAAAGGACACACACAAAGCGACUCAUGGACUCUGACUUUCGAAGGCAGUCAUUUCACUAUCCGAGUAACAUACAGCGACAGAGAGAAGUUAGCGAGAGGCACUUGAAGAGCCUGAAACAUCUAUCAGCCACUUCACAAAGCCUUAUGACUCCAUUCCAGUUUUACGAAUGGCAGAACGAGAUGAGACAAUCGUCUAUCGAUGCAGCACAGGAGAGAGUAAGCCAACAGAAGGUAAUGGGUGGUAUAACCAUGGCCCCGGCGGCAGCAUCUCCCAGAAGUACCAGCAGUGGUGUUAGAAGUGCAUCGAGUCCAUGCACCGGUCCACUGUCAGUGUACCAGACGGAUUACAAUGACCAAACGGUAAGUCAUCUCUUGACAAGUGGACGGCUUGAAGCGUGGGCGGCACGUAACAGCAGUCAUCGUCAAAACGAGUACGUGGACUUCCCGAAACUGCGUCCGCACCGAAAGCAACCAAUACCGUCAGCCUACCUCCAACGGAAUUUAGGCACCAACGUCGACCUAUUCCUGUUGGAUGUUAUCAAGUCACCGCGCAAGCAAGCACACGUUCAGUCGAAAACUGGAAGUAAAAAGACAAGACGUAGAGUUGAUCGCCGGAGUCUUGAUUAUCCAGCUGAAUACUUAGAUCUUUGUGCACCUGACUUCCGGUGAAAUCACUGACGGCCCGGCCAUUGUCUUGGAAGAGAAGACCAGAUUGCUGAUUUGUCACCAACAGUGCAUCAUGCCCCGUUCCUGCCUUUGAUCCUGCACCGACUGGCACAUGUAUUCACCAUUUCAACCUGGCCUUGCACAGCAUGCAUUGCAGUCACUGCAUGACUUGUACAACACUGUUGACUGCCCUGUACUGGCUGUAGUACUGUGGUGACACGGUGUAACAUGCUUACACACAUUGGCUGAUAAGCAUUCCAGUCAGUGUUAUCACAGCAGCAGCUACUUGUAUUCAUGCCAUGCUGGAUACACAGUGCUACAAUGGGAAUCAAUGCUCACUCUCACCUGGGUUUGUGUUGCAAAUAAUUUGAAUGGACAGAAUAGAACCCUAGAACCCGGGAACCAGGGACCUGCAAUAUCAAUAUCAAGUCAGUGUUGGACUGGGAUGCACAGACUGCAGUGCUGUGGCUAGCAUUAACAAUACCCGUCUCACCUGCCAGUGCUGAACUGUGAUAAGUUUGUUUAACUCCCUUCAUCAUGGCAAUGGUGCAGUACAGUGUACUACAGUGCCUGUGAGCUUCUCUCCAUCUUCACCUGCUCGUAUGUUUUCUAAUGUGCUGGUACCAGUAGGACGGGUGACCCUGUCUAGCAUGCCUGUACAAUUUUAUUUUGUCAGCUGGUGGCAUUGCAUGCCUUGGAAGUCCAACUCCUGUAGUUUGCUCUUUCCUCAUCUUGCAUCCAUUACCAAACUGUGUCUUGCACCUCUUGGCUUAGUGAUGAGAAUUCUAGUCACAGUCUAUAAGUAUAACAGUAAGGUACUGGUAGUUCUGUAUCAUGCCAUUAUUUAUCAUUGUCACACUCACUUUUGUUCAUGUACAAAAACAUGGUUAAAGAAAAAGGAAGAUGUUCAAACUGACACCAUAUUUUGCACAUCUUGGCUACAUCAUGAGAGAGAGAUAGAGAGGGCACUAUGAUUACUA